UGUAUGUCUUUCAGAUUACAGUUUUGGUAGAAAAUGGGCUCUGAUAAACGUGUAAGUCGAAGUGAACGCAGUGGUCGUUAUGGCUCUGACCAGGGCAGAAAUAGAGAUUCAAGAAGCAGACGAGAUCGAGACAGAGACUUGGACAGGGACCAUGAUUACAGGCGAUACAAUGAUGAACGCAGGAGUGACAGACAUGAAGAUCGCAGGGUAUAUGACAGUCCAGAGAGGCAUCAUGACAGAAGAGGCAGUGAUAAAUCCGAUGACAGUUACCACUCUGAUGGAGAGUACCAGGACCAUGAUUAUCGCAGUGAAGAUCUUGGCGAUGAAACAGAGAGCAAGACCAUUAUGCUGAGAGGGCUUUCGCUGAAUGCAGAUGAACAUGAUAUUCGAGCCACUUUUGAGUCCUACGAUGGCCCUCGACCUGCUGAUGUGAGAUUGAUGAAGAGAAAAUCAGGUGUAAGCCGUGGUUUCGCCUUCGUGGAGUUUUAUCACUUGCAAGAUGCUACAAGAUGGAUGGAAGCCAAUCAGAAACGAUUGAUUGUUCAAGGAAAAACUGUUCAGAUGCACUACAGUAAUCCUAGGCCUAAGUAUGAAGAUUGGCUGUGUAGUAAGUGUGGCUUGUACAACUUUAGAAGAAGGAUGAAGUGCUUCAGAUGUGGGGCUCCCAAGACAGAAUCUGAGCAAGAGGUGCCUUCUGGCAGUUCAUCUAGACAGACACAGUCUGAUGAAUUUCACAGUGACACAAUUAUUUUAAGAAACAUUGCACCUCAUACAUCAGUUGAAGCAAUCAUAGCAGCAUUUUCACCUUAUGCUGCCUUGUCCGUGGGUAAUAUUCGACUAAUCAAAGAUAAGCAGACCCAGCAAAACAGAGGAUUUGCUUUUGUACAGCUGCCUUCAGCAUUGGAAGCCUCACAACUGCUACAGAUGCUGCAGCUUCUUCAACCACCACUGAAGAUUGAUGGCAAAACUAUUGGCGUAGACUUUGCAAGAAGUGCAAGAAAGGAUUUGGUUCUUGUUGAUGGAGCUCGAGUCAGUGCUUUCUCUGUUGCCAGCACAGCGAUAGCUGCAGCACAGUGGUCAUCCAGCCAGGCUCAGCAGAAUUCUGAGAUUGCAAAUCUGGACUACGGUUAUUUACAGCAAGCAGGGCAGGAUGGAUGUACUCAGUAUGGGCAGUAUGCUCAGGAUUAUCAACAGUAUUUUCAACCUCAAGGGGAGUCUUCGGAGUCCACUUCAGCAUCGGCUUCAGGUGCAACGGUUUCAUCUGCUGCAGUGGUAGCAGUCUCACAGGCUGCACAUAUGUACCAACAACAGUCUUCAAACCAGGAGCCAGCACAGACUCCGCAAGCUACCCAGUCAUCUAGUGGUACAGAAGGUCAGCCUACUUCUCCAGUAGCAGUCAUUCCAGGAAACAAGUAUGCUGUGCCUGACACCUCUACGUAUCAGUACGAUGAGUCUUCUGGUUAUUAUUAUGAUCCACAGACGGGCCUUUACUAUGAUUCCACUUCCCAAUACUAUUAUAGUGCACAGACACAGCAGUUCCUUUAUUGGGAUGGUGAGAAACAGACGUACGUCCCAGCUACAGACGUUACAAGUCAGCAGCAUCCAGGUAGUUCCAGCACAAAUAAGGAAGGCAAGGAGAAGAAGGAGAAAGCCAAGAGCAAGACUGCACAGCAGAUUGCUAAAGACAUGGAACGCUGGGCAAAGAGCUUAAACAGACAGAAAGAGAACUUCAAAAACAGCUUCCAGCCUCUGAGUGCGCUCAGAGAGGAGGAAAGGAGAGAGUCUGCAGCAGCAGAUGCAGGAUUUGCACUUUUCGAGAAAAAGGGAGCUGUGGUAGAAAAGCAGCAGAUAGUCCCCGAAACAAUACCCAUGGUGAACGGAGAGGAUGAAACCUUAAACAAAGUGAUUGGACUGGUUGCUGCAUACAGCGGGGACAGUGAUAAUGAGGAAGAGCCAGAAAAAAAAGAUGACAGAGUUGAUAAGUUGACUGACUGGAAAAAAAUGGCCUGUUUGCUGUGUAGAAGGCAGUUCCCAAAUAAAGAGGCAUUGAUCAGACAUCAGCAGUUAUCAGAUUUGCAUAAGCAAAAUCUUGAAGUUUAUAGACGGUCUCAGUUGUCUGAAAAAGAGCUCGAAGCACUGGAAUUGAAGGAGAGGGAAAGUAAAUACAGAGAUAGAGCUGCUGAAAGGAGAGAAAAAUAUGGCAUUCCAGAGCCACCUGAGCCUAAGCGCAAGAAGUUUUCAGAUGCAGCCUCAGUCAACUUUGAACAGCCAACAAAAGAUGGACUUGACAAUAGUAACAUCGGGAACAAAAUGCUGCAGGCCAUGGGAUGGAAAGAAGGCUCAGGCCUAGGAAGGAACCAGCAAGGCAUUACAGCUCCAAUUGAAGCUCAGGUAAGACAGAAGGGAGCUGGACUUGGAGCUAGAGGCAGCAGUUACGGAGUGUCUGCUUCAGAUUCCUAUAAGGAUGCUGUUCGGAAAGCCAUGUUUGCCCGUUUUACAGAAGUAGAAUAAAUUGUUCAGGAUUUUAUUAAUCUUGAUUUUUUUCAGUUUAUAAACUGAAAAGAGCAGUUAGUAAAAUUCAAAUAUUUAUUCCAGGUGCAGAUUGUUUGCUGGCUGCUCUUUGCAGUUUUAACUGUUAGUACAUUUGUGUACUUUCUGUAUAGUGAUUUGUAUAUAGCAGAUGUUGCCUUAAAUAUUUUGUUUAAUAUUGACUUUUUGAUUAUUGAGUAUACUAAAAAAAAUGUACAUAUUGUAUAUUUUAAAUCAUUUUCUAUAAAACUGAUUUUUUUUUUUGCCAGUGUACAGGUACAUUAUUGGCUGAUCUGUUAGACACAGAUUUCCUUACGUAAUGAGAUUAGUAGUGAACAUACAGAUUGGUUUACAAAUUACUGAAUAUGUACAUAUGUAUGUAUGUAAAUAUUUUUGUACAUAUUUUCCAAAGAUAAAAUGUUCUUGGUUGUUUUGGAUGCUGUUUUUUUCUGGCAUUCUUUUCAAUUAAAAAAAAAGUUAUA